ACUAUACCACGAACUUGGACAUUUAGUGGAUUAUCAUACUUUCUUAGAGAGAAAUUGUGACAGUAUUAUGAAAUGGAAAGACAAUUUUCUCCGAACAUUCAAAAGAGAGUUAACAAUGAUGGGAGUGCUUGUAAAAAAUUCUGACACUCAGUUGAAUAAUGUUGUUGCUGACCUUCAAAGGUUUCACGAGCGAAGUGAAAUGGGUAUCGUAGAAUUAUCAUCACAGAUAAAUGCUCUUAGAAAUGAAGUUGAGUUACAUUUAAUGGACCUCAAGGACCAGGAAUUACAGAAGAAGGUGCUAAAGAAACAGUGGAAUGACAGUGUAGGCUGUAUAACAGAUGAUAGAUGUGUGGCGAAAGUUCAAGUGGUAUUGGAACAGAUAUUAAAAACAAAAGCACAGUUUUCAGAAGACAGGAAACGUCCAAGCCUCACAUUUAAUGAAGAACAAAUUCAUAAAUAUGAAAAAAACAGAUUAAGUGAGAAUUGUACAAAGAUCAAGUCACUGUUCUUUGAUCACUGUCUCAGUGGAGCUAAAGACCAGUUUACCCGCUAUCAUUCCUGGUUCAGAAUGGGUUGGGAUGUGAGAAGAAGAUGUGAAAUAUUAGAGAAAAAAUUACUGAAUCUUGCAGAUCGAUCCGAGGGUUUUGUUGAUAAACUAAAUGCGCUUUGUCUACAAUACAAUGAUGAAGUAGAGCUGAAAGUUCAGAAAGUACAAGAGACAAUGAGAGAUCGUGAGUUUAUCUCACUGACACCAAGUAUGGCGAAACAAGGUGCCGCUGGCAGUAUGACGGAGAGCAUGUCUAGCAGUGCUUCUAGAGAAGAAAAUAAAAGAAAACGACCACACCUUAUAAAAGACUUACUGACAAGUUUGGAAGAAUCCCAGAGGUAUGUAGGUGACAUGAAACAUGGACUAGAUGAAAAUACCUUUUUACUUCAGAGUUUCAGCAAAGAACUUAGUUCCAUGCCUGCUGACCCUAACCAGGAUUUAAACUACAAGGGCCCAGAGACAAGACAUAGUGGUAUGCCUGCUGACCCAAACCAGGAUUUAAACUUCAAGGGCCCAGAGACGAAACAUAGUUGUAUGCCUGCUGACUCUAACCAGGAUUUAAACUACAAGGGCCCAGUGACGAGACUUAGUUACAUGCCUGCUAACCCUAACCAGGAUUUAAACUACAAGGGCCCAGUGACGAAUCAGCAUUUUUAGAUGCCCCGCUGAGAACUGAAUGCAAAAUGUAUAUUUCUGUCUGGAUGUCGUUAAAGUCUAGCAUGUGCUUUCUGUUGUAUACAAGGCACACGUGCUUACACACCUUUAAGAAAUUACUAAAUGCACACCAGCUCUAUUCUCACUGGGCCGUGAAUUGUGUUCAAAAUACAAUCCACUGCCAGAAGUGUUGUACUUACAUGUAUAAUUCCUAUGUUGUUUUCAAAUUUAAGUGCACAUACAAUAAUUUUGUUUAUUUGCCUUUCAAAUAUAAAAGGAUUUAUUAUAUUGAAUGUGUUUGUGUACAAGAAAUUUAUUGCAAUCUGUGUAAAUGUUGUUUAUGCAAAACCUGUAGACAUUGUAUGCAUUGUAUUUGGAUAUGCUCGUUUGAAAAAUAUUUCAGCUGCUUUCAUUGGAAACCACUCUAUAUAAAAUGUAAUCUUUCAAAUAAUUUUCAUGGCAUUAAUGUUAAAUAUUCUUUCAUCAAAAUUAUUGACUUUGUGGCUUUAUGCCUCAGACACAAAUAUUUACAUUCAUAUUUUUAUUCAAAGAAAUUUAAAACUAUGCUGUUUCUUUCGAAUUCUAUUUCUGAUUUAAAGUUUGUCACAAAAUUUAGAUUGCUUAAAUCUGAUUUCUGUAAUUUUUUGGUUGUAAAAAUAUUUGAUUUACAUGAAUAUAUAAAUGUACUUUUCUCAUAUAUAGAUGUGUAUUUCAAUGAAAACAGUUUUGAUACUUGGUUUGCUGUUGCCAUGCAACUACGUAUAAUUUUAUUUUUUAUUUUUCAAAAAAUUAUAUAUUUAUCGUCACAUACUAUAAAACUUUGUAUUACAAUAUGAGUAAUUAUUUGCAUUUAUUUCUCUCAAAAAGCACAUUUUCAUGUUUAGAUUUUUUAAAAUUCUUUUGCAUAUAUUUGACUUCAUCAUCAUACAGCAGUUUACCAGUAGAUUACUGGAUAAAAAAAAGUAAAAAUUAGUAUUUUUAGCUCGACUAUUCAUAGAAUAGUAGAGCUAUUGGACUCGCCCAUGCGUCCGCGUCUGCGUUGGCGUCCGCGUCCCAAUUUGAUUAAGGUUUUGUAUGUAAGCUGGUAUCUCAGUAACCACUUGUGGGAAUGGAUUGAAACUUCACACACUUAUUCACUGUGAUAAACUGACUUGCAUUGCACAGGUUCCAUAACUCUAUUUUGCUUUUUUACAAAAUUAUGCCCCUUUUUUGACUUAGAAAUUUUUGGUUAAGGAUUUGUAUGUAAGCUGGUAACUCAGUAACCACUUGUGGGAAUGGAUUGAAACUUCACACACUUAUUCACUGUGAUAAACUGACCUACAUUGCACAGGUUCCAUAACUCUAUUUUGCUUUUUUACAAAAUUAUGCCCCUUUUUCGACUUAGAAAUUUUUGGUUAAGGUUUUGUAUGUAAUUUUUGGUUAAGGUUUUGUAUGUAAGCUGGUAUCUCAGUACUUACAAAUGGGAAUGGAUUGAAACUUCACAUACUUGUUCACUGUCAUGAUCUGACAUGCACUAAGCAAGUCCCAUAACUCUACUCUUUUUUUCAAAAUUAUGCCCCUUUUUCGACUUAGCAGUUUUUGGUUAAAUUUUUGUAUGUAAUCUGAUAUCUCAAUAUCCACUAAUUGGAAUGGAUUGAAACUUCACACACUUGUUCACUGUCAUGAUCUAACAUGCACUGUGAAGGUCCCAUAACUCUUCUUUGCAUUUUUACAAAAUUAUGCCCCUUUUUCGACUUAGCAGUUUUUGGUUAAGUUUUUGUAAGUAAGCUGGUAUCUCAGUAUCCACAAAUUGGAAAGGAUUGAAACUUAACACACUUAACACACUGACAUGCAGUACAGAGGUACAAUACCUCUACUUUGCAUUUUACAAAAUUAUGCCCCUUUUUCAACUUCUGUAUUCAUUCAAUUGACAAGGCUGUUGAAUAGUCGAGCGUUGCUGUCCUCCGACAGCUCUUGUUAACUUAAUUCUGCAUAUUCAUCUUAAUGUUGCUGUUAGAAGUAUAGGUAAAGCAAAGUCAUUUUAUUGUUUCAUUCUCAAUGUCGUACCAAGUUUGGAAAGUAUUAAAUAUCAAUUUUUCAUUCAUUUAAUAUAAGUUGGAUGGACACCCUGUAAUCUUUAGACCAAGUUUUCUGUCUUGUAUGCUUAUGUACAUUGAUCAGAUAAGUUCACAUGGGUUUUUAUGUUUGCCAAUUUUCGCACACAAUGUAAAAUGCCAGUUAAAAAUGUUACUGUAUAUGAUUGUUAGCCACCGUUAUCUUCCAGAAUAUAGCCAGCUACGAAACAAUAUUUAAUAAGGGUCAUGAAUAAUGCUAUCAACUUGAAUAACAGGACCUUGAAAAGUUACAAAUCUACCCUAUUAGUGAUAUUACAGGAUAAUUGGGGAGGGGGGCAGGGGAGAGAAGUUUGAAUUUGUCACCUUGGUAUGAUCAUACCUAACCAAACUUGCUUUCCAUAUGCAUGGCUAAUACUGAUGUUGUGUACAUGUUUAUUGAUUGGGUGUGUGCAAAGAGAACAAGUGAUUUCAUAUUUCAUUUGACAUAUUCAACAUGUAUAUGUAAAAAUUGCUUUUUUAUGUAAAUAUGACAUAACACUAAAAAGAAAACAAAAAAGCUUAAAAAAAAAAAUAUUAUUGUUUGUUAAAUGAUUGUUAUUCUGUUGUUUUUGUUUUUGUUUUUGUCAAUGAAUACAGUGUUUGUUGGAGGUUUGGAGUAAAGUAGAAUGAAAGGUUGUGAUGUUAAAACUAAUGGAGCUCAGUGCAAUAUCGGUAUAAAUAUAUCAUACACCAUUCAUUGUAGUAUUCCAUCUUAACUUAUUGGGAAUGGGAUGGGAUAAGCUUAUUAGCCUGCAAAUAACUGACUAGUGUUCUUAUAUCAUAUAUAUGACGGGAAAGUCUGCUUUGUGUAUUGCUUUAAAGUGCCUUAAUAUCAUAAAUGGUGUACAGUUAUGUGAAUUGGUAGGUGGCUACUUUUGCGUUUGCAUGAAUAGCCUCGCAUGCUUCCAAGUAAAAAUGAUAUCUGCUGUACUUUUUGUAUAUAAACCUUUUGUUGUGGGUGUACAUAAUUAUGAAAACAUUUUAAUCCUAGGCUUGUUAUUAAAAAAGUACUAUUUUUGAUAUUCCAUUUUCAACUUUAUGCAAUAUUUAAUAUUUCUAUGCUCAGAUAAAUACUUUACCAAAGAUUUUCUGUUUUCAGCUAUUUUACUGCGUAAUCCCAUAAUGAUCAAGAUGGUGAUGUGAACUCCUGGUUCAUUUCUCAACUGUCAGAUGGUGUUAUGAUUCUCUAACAUUUUUACUAGCUCUUAUUGCCGUGCUAGUUGGUUUAUUGUCAGAUUUACUGAGUUCUAAAAGAUGCACUUUGUGAUGUAAUUUCAACUUGUGUGCUUUGAGACUGACAUGUUACGUCUAAGUUCUGCUUGUAUAUAUUACAUUGUAUGUUGAAAACAUGGGCUUAUGAGACAUAUGCUUAACAUGUAUAAUUAUUGUAUAGGUACAUUAGUAUUGAGUGUCGUCAUAUGACCUAUAAAUGUGUUGAUGCAACGUUAAACCAAAAAAAAUAUAUAUAUAUAAAAAAAUAAGGUGAAAUGUCUUUCAAGUUGGUGUGCAUUUAAUAAAUACAUCCAGACAAGACAACAUGAUAUUUUGCAUUCAGUUCUCGGAUAAAUUCGACAAAAAGGAAUUUGUCAAAUGAUAAGGGGCAUUUAAAACUGGCAGCAGCUUUCACAAUUUGAAAAAAAGGAGAACAUCUAGAGAUUGGUGAAAAGAGAUCUUUUAGAGAUUGGAGACCAAAAGGAGAGAAAGGAGUCUUAAGAUCAGCUUAUAAAAAAGAGUUUUGGAGAUAACUACAUCAAAUACGAUAUGUGUGAAUAAGAAUGACUAGUAUUAUAAGGAGUGAUGGUUGACUAUAUUGCGUUACCACUAGAAACUACUUAUUCACUAGAGAGUUGCUGACUAUAUUAAAGUGUAUUAGGAGUAUCAUAGGAUACAAAACAACUAUAUAAUUCAAUGAAAUGUAGUGAUAAUCAAAACAGAAUUAUUAGUGCAUCAACAAGGAGUGUGAAAACUGGAUAAAGGGGUGAAAUUAAAUCAGUUUGAUGUGACACCAAAACUGAGCAUGUAUUGGUUGCUUCUGCAAACAUUUGAAGAAAAAAUAUAUAAAUAUCUAUACAGUAAUAUUACACUGAUGCUUUAAAAUCAAGUCAGUCUCUGUUGGGUGAUUUGUGAUAGCCGAGUUCAAGUAAAUAGAGGUGCACAAUAAAAUGACAAAUUGCAUACAACAGUUAUUUGAAAUGUACAUAAUGUACACAUUCAGCACUAUGGAAUGAGAUGGAAGUGGUUGUUAUCCUUGUGCAUUUUGUGUUCUGUUUGUUUAACUGAUGACUGCACCAGUAACGUAACUGUUAUAUAUGUGUUUUAUCACAUUUACCCAGUUGUAUCAAAUAUCUUAAAUAACAAGGGAAAUUCAUCUAGAUGUUACCACAUACUAACAUAUAAUUAUCAAUUUGUCUUUCACUUUCAGAAUCAGGAAAAUCUCUGUAUUAAUGUGAUACCAACAUUUUAUUGUGAUCUUAUCAUAACUUACCAGAUUCAUACCACUUAUACCAAUUCACACCAUUUAAUAUUAUAUAGCACAAGAUAUAUAACAUGGUUAUUGUAUAUACAUGCAUUAUUAUUCGUUUCAUCUAUAUAAUUACACCAGUAGACAGUUUUUAUUGUAGAAUUAAAGGAUUAUUUUUUUUUACAGUUUUGCACUUCAUGCAUAUGAUGCUUUAAAUCAACCCCUUAACAUUACUAUGAUUAAUGUUUUAAUAAUUACAUAUGUGUUGAUGAUUUUGUCACAUUUUUGACAAAAGGAUAUUAAUGGAGUUUGAUUUUUUAAACAAGUGUGUCAAACCAGAAUUAAACCAUGUCCUUGCUUUCUAACUGAUAGCUGUAAAUUAAAAAUUUUAAUAUGCUUGUCUCUGUUAAAACACACUUACGCUAGAAUGACGUCACGUUAAUAUGCGGUAACGUCCUGUUUUUGUUGCGACCAAGAAAGAGCGCUACUAUAUUUUAUCUACUGUUUUAGAUUAAGGGCAUAUUAGAAUCGAAAUAAUUUAUAGCAAAACCGAGAUUUAACACUAUACACUCUGGUGAUAAUAUGUUGUACAAAUAAUUUCACUCGGGCUGUGCCCUCGUAAAAUUAUUAUGUCCGACGUUUAACCGCCCAUCCUGCAUAAGUAGUGUUAAACACUCUUUUGCUAUAGAUUAUUUCUUAAUUAUAUCGUCUUUAAUUUUGAAUUAACAUAUACCUGGUACAUAAAAGAUGAACUUGUAGGAAGUUUUCUACAUUCUUAUGACAUCAUUAUCUUUGUUGUUUAAAAAAACAUUCACAUCUUUGCUUCAAAAAGAACAUGCAACACUUUGCUAUCAAAAAGAACAUGCACAACUUUGCUAUCAAAAAGAACAUGCACAACUUUGCUAUUAAAAAGCACAUGCACAACUUUGCUGUCUAAAAGAACGUGCACAACUUUGCUGUCUAAAAGAACGUGCACAACUUUGCUGUCUAAAUGAACGUGCACAACUUUGCUAUCAAAAAGAAUGUGCACAACUUUGCUAUCAAAAAGAACAUGCACAACUUUGCUAUCUAAAAGAACAUGCACAACUUUGCUAUCAAAAAGAACAUGCACAUCUUUGCUAUCAAAAAGAACAUGCACAACUUUGUUAUCAAAAAGAACAUGCACAACUUUGCUAUCAAAGGAACAUUCACCUCUUUGCUGUUGAAAAAAAAAAUGUGAAUCUGUUACAAGGGAGAAAGAGAAAUCCCUUGCAGAGGGGAUGGGGAAUGAAUGAGAAAUUUUACUUAACCUUUAUUGGACACCAGAAUUAUCUUUGCUGUGGAAUAAAAAUGUAGAUGAAUCCCUAAACAUGGGAGAAGAGGAGGGCAUGGGAAAUCCUCUUCACUUCUUUAAGCCCCUAAAUGACUAUAAUCUUAUGUAACCCUUAGCCUGCUGGCGGCAGAUGAUUCUGCCUUUGCGACCAGUGCAGACCAAGAUCAGCCUGUCACAUCCGUGCAGUCUGAUCAUGGUCUACACUGUUCGCUAUUCAGUCAGUAAAUUUUCAGUGAAAACCCCUUUGAGUAAUAAGUGGUACUGUCCAAAUUGAAAGAUGGACCAGUCCAUUAUAGAAAUAUAGCAGGUUAAGGGUUAAAAAGAGAUUAAACAAUUAUUCAAAAAAAAAAUAUGCAGUAUUGCAUUGGUUCAAAAAGAACUGCUUUUAAUGAACUAACAUAGUCAUGGCGAUAAGGAAGUAAACAAGAGAAUUAAUGGGACUGUCUGUUGUGUUGUUGACGUAAACUAGAUACAAAUAUCUGAGAUAACUUCCAUCAAAAACAAGAAAUAAUACUUGUGUUUCAUAACUCAAAAUCUGCUCAGCGGCAUUAAGGAUAUAAGUAGUUAAUAGACCGGAAGACAACAGAGAUAAGUAAAAAGUUGCAGUUUUUGUAUAGCUGAAAGAUCUGGAAAAGUCUACAGGUAUAGACGUGAAUAUCAUACGGAUCAUUCCAUAUGCAUUUUGGUUUACACUCGUUCUAUAAGAUAUUAUUCAAACUUGUGGCGAGUUGUUUCAAAACUGUAUAAAUCUAGCAAAGAAAAACCUGAGAUAACUUAGAAAUUAUUUGUUUUGGCAUAAAAUUUCGUGCUUUCGGCCAAAAUGUCUGUUUCACGGGAACAUGAAUUCAUAGAUGUCCAAGUUAAGGAAAAUAAAUGUAAGUGAAAAGUGGAUUUCAUUCUGGUUAAUGCUGAUUUUAUGGAACAUACUGAGCUGUGAAUUCCACAAAAAAAAAGUUCAACAAAAAGUAAACCCCCAUAAACAAUAGUGUUUUCAUAGUACCCAGAAAGGAAUUCAACUGCUUAUGCAAAGAGGUGAUAUCAUUUAAUAAUGCAAGUAAAGAUGUUCACUUUAAUAUUUUCUAAAAGUUUUAGUUUGGUUUUAAACAUUUCUUAAUGUUAUUAAUAUGUUGUUUUUUUUUUUCUUUCUUAUUUUGUUUUGCUUUAAUAGUUGGAGUGCCUUAAUUGAAAGAUAAUCAUAUUAUUGCUUUUUUACAUUCCGAGAUAAUUUCUGGAAAUAAUUUGUUGCAGAAGUGUAAAAAAAACUUUAUAUAGAUAUGUUUUCUUUUACAUUGUUUAGACAAAAAAGCCCCUAAUUAUUUCAAAUACUACAUGCAGACAAAAUGUAGAGGGUUUUUUUUUUUCAUUACCUGAUGGUGUAUCAUUUCAUUGCUAUGCAUAUUAAACAUAGAGACAUAGAAUAGAAAUGGUAUAAAGUUACUCAUUUCAGGCAGUUAACACUUAAUGAAAUGAAGUAUUAAGGUUCAUACAUUUUAGUUACAGCUCUUUCAGCACAAAAUGAAACAUUACAUAAAUAGGCUUGAUUCAUUGUUAAUUCAGUGCACUAGGAAAUUUGUAUAAUUCCAAUGGCGUUUGAUAUCCUGACUGAAAAAUUUGUACCAUGGUAUAUUAUGAUAUUUGUUCUGUAAUGUAGUAUGUACCAAGAUUUUUAUCAGAUCUAAGUGUUCAAAACUUCAUCUUACUUUAACAGAAAUACAGGUUUUAUAUUAAAAAUUUGCUAUUCCAAUGUUAGCUGGGAAAAAAAUAGAUCUGGCUCUGUGAGGACAUUUGAUUGGCUCAGUGUAGACAGUGUUUGAUAGAAUUGACGUAAACGCAGCAAAUUAUAACUUUUCAGUACUGGGUUAAUACAACCUUACAUUAUAUAUUUAAGUAUUUCUAUGAAACAAAAGUAAUUUCAAAAAUAUACAGUUGCACAUGAUUCACUUUAUGGUACAUAUUACAAUCAAUCAACACCAGUGAAUACUCCAUCUCAUUUUCAUUACUUAAUCAGAGUUUUUAGAGAGCUUUAUUAAAAUAUUAACCAGGGAAACACAAAUGGAAAUGUUCAUUUAAGGUAUUAGAAGCCUAAUAGUAGUGUUUAUAAAAUGGCAUUUGCUUGGUAUAUUCUUAAAGCUGACCGUGUUUCAUACUGUUUGCAAUUUUUAAACAACUUUUACCGUGCCGUUUUUUAUAAAUUUUGUAUAACUUAUGGUAUCUCCUUAAGCUCAAGUAGAGACAAAUUUCAAAGUGAUGGCCACUAUCCAAAACGUUUGCAGAGAACUCAUUUUACCAUUAAUUUUAAUAAAAGAAACAUCAAACUAUUGGUAAACAGUUACAAAACACAAAAUAAAAAUGUCAGUAUCAUUUUUUCUAGGGUGCCUCAAGUAAACGGAUUUAAUGAGACAGAAUUCUAACUUCAACAUUGAAAAAAUAAGGUCGAAUCCUGUGUUUCUGUUUUGAAUUUUGCUUACUUCAUUCAAAAAUAACCUUGGGGCAGAUGUAAAACCUACCUAAAUUUCUUCCACGAUAUGUAAUCUAAAGAGUAAAAGCAAAAUAGAGAACUUUUACUGCAUGUAACUCAAUAUUUUUAAAGAUGUUUAACUCUACCCCUUCUGUUUAAGUAGUAAAUUCACAUUGAACAGCAAGAAAUCGCUUAUCAAAUUAAUUUUUUUUCCAUUUUUGUACAAUAAAUCAAUUAUAAGUCUUGAAAGAAGUAAAAACUUACUAGAAAAAAAGGAAAAUAAGGGGAAAAAAAGUUGGUUCCAGUAGGGAUUGAACCUACGCUCCCCUGAGAAUUUCAGUAAAAGUAGGUUUAUGGUAGGAAUUGAAUACUCUUCAUAAAGGAGGUACUCUAUUGCACUUCUAAUACCUUAAGUAUGUAAAGGUAGGACUUUCUUAAUUAUAUAUUUAAUUCAACUAUUUAAUGCUAAACUUUUUUCACAUUGUUGUAUUCAUGUUACUCGAACUUGCUUGUAUUCUCAUAUGCAUCAUUUCAUUUGUACUAAGUUGUUUGUUAAAUCAUCAUAGGUAUGUAUUUACAUUACAAUGUACAUUCAUUUAUCUUCUCAUAAUUGAAAAAUGUGUGUAUUUAUGUGAUUCUUUGGAUUAUAUAAACAUACAUAUAAA